UAAGUAUGGCCCAGAGACCAGGAAGUUUAAUACAACAACAGAGAUAAAACCAGUCUGGUAGCCCUCUACACUAUGUUUCUCUUGUUUAACUGAUUUCUGUUGGACAAAAGUUAUGAUAUUCAACCAAUUUCGGGAACAUACAUUGAACUUUUAAAAUAUUUCAAAACGUUUAAAAUUUUCAGAGCACGCUUCGAACCUUUCAAAACGCGUGUAUAAUUCAGGUUAUGCAUAACUCCUAACCGAAAGAGAAGGGUUUGAAUUACAGACUCCAACCCCAUAGAUACAUUAAGUGAAGACAGUUUCGUUUUCGAUAUCAUGGGAUUGACUCGCAUUGUCUUUGUAAUCUUGGCGACAUGGAAUUCGCUGGACAUUAUUACAGGAGCACAGAUUAAACUGUCGAAUAACACCACUGUCAUAGAAUAUGGACGUAGAUAUAUCCUAGAAUGUUCUGUCUCAGGAAAUAUUCGGAGCCGAGCAAUUUCUUUCAAGCACAACACUUUGGAUAUUUGUAAACUACGUGUAUCCAAGACUAACGAUAGGAUAGAUAGGACAUCUUGUGAGACAUUCUACAACACAUCAUCAGCGUAUAAUUGUCUCUGUAUCGCGUAUUACAGCGAUGUGUCAGUUUACAGAAUAACGAUAAAGUCGUUUAACGAAGUGGACGCAACGCAGUGGUGGUGUGUCGCUGAAAUGUCCAGCAGUAAUGAAGCAGAUAGACUAAGUAACAUUGUCAACCUCUUCUAUGUUACUCUUUCUGGAAAUGUGACGACAUUCGAUGCUGAUGGUGUGAACUCAGUUACUUUUACUUGUGAAACAAGCAACAUGACAGGAAGUGUUACCUUUACGUGGAUAAACAAAACAAUUGAAGGAUCCACAUAUAUUGAAAACAACCUGAUUGUAUCUAAAAAUGGCAGCACAUACCGACAAGAGCUUAAAUUUAUUCCACAUUGGUAUCAACAUGGAAACACAAUUGCCUGUAAAGUUCUUGAUGUAAGCACCAACAUAACAGCAAUGUCAAAUUCUGAAAUUUUGGAUUUGAUAUAUCCCCCAUUGAAAAGUCCUGUAAUGAAGCAGAUAACAAAUCAAGAGACACCUCUCAGUUCAGAAAUUACAAUCCAGGAAGGAGCCAUGUUGAACUUGUCGUGUGAAGUUACUGGAGGAAAGCCGCGUGUGUCAACCGUUACAAUACGGUGUGAUGGUAUUAACAGUACAUUUUAUUCAGUGGUCGGAGAUCGUGUUACAGGUUAUCUCUCGUUAACAGUGCGGAGGAACCUUCACAACCAUGCCUGCCAGUGUUCAGCUACACACGAGACAGGUCGAUAUCAUUUUACUUCGAAUGUCACCAUUCGAGUUAACUUAACAGAUGCCGAAGGUGUGACAGUAGGUCAUGAGUUUAACUCCAGUAACAAGAUCCUAAAGGUGAUAUGUGAAGUAAAAGGAUAUCCAGAUAUAUACACCUUCUCUUCAUUCACUCACUUCUGGGGCGAACAUAGAAUCAGAGAGCUACCAGGACAACACGUAUCGCCUAACAAGUACGUCUUGACUGUUCAAAACGCGACAUACGCUGACUCGGGGAGGUACCAAUGUGAUGUCAGCAAUGGAGUUCAAGGACCGAACAAGAUCAAACUUCAAACUAAUUUUACGUUAGUAGCCAUUGGUGACAAACCCAUAUUCGGUGAUGAAGAACAGAACCAGACAGUGUCCGCUGUUCUUGGUACAACUGUCGUUUUGGAGAGAAAGAUAUUCAGUAAAUCCAAUAUUACUCUUCCCACGUGGACAAACGGACAGGGUGAGAACUUUACAGCUGAAAUAUCUUCGACAACUGUGACAUUACGUAUCUACAACACUACAGUGGCAGAUGACGGUUACUCAGUGAAACUGACGAUUUCUAAUUUGAGCAACGAUGACCAGGGAAUUUAUAAACUGGCUGUCUGUAAUAUCAAUGGGUGCGACCAGUUUUACACAACUUUAAAAGUGGUUGUUUCAGAACCUGUCACUUUGGACCCAAUACUGAUACCAGCUGCUUCCGGUGCAGCAGGAUUUGUGGUUUUAUUGGUCAUCGUUAUCGUCAUCAUCUGUGUCAUCAAGAAGAGGAGGAAUUCACAAACAAACAAAACAGAUAACAAAGAUGAUGAUUACAAUUCCGUGAACCGAACCAAUGCACAACGGGAGACAGAUAUUAAUGACGAUGGGUAUACUGUGAUUCAUGAUGAUAAACUACAAAAAGAGCCAGCGAUGGUAGACAACGAACUUUAUUUCGUGUCACGUAAUGCAAGAAAACAAAAACCGAAACCAGAAGCAGAUAUCAACGAUGAUGAACAUGCUUCUGUCAAUCAAAAGGACAAACAAGAAGAACCAGUGAUGCAUGACAACGAGCUCUAUUUUAUGUCAAGCUCCAAACAGCACAAAAAGGAAUCAGCAACAGAAGAUGACUUGGACCUGAUGAACAGGGUGUGGAUGUUAAACCAGAAGACGCCAGCGCCAUGUAUUCAGUGGUAAACAAACAUCGCAAUCGUGCAUCAGACGACAACACAGAACCUACUGGUAAUGACAUCAAUUCCGUGUCUUCGGUCGCCAACGGUGAAGAUAAACAACCAGGAGAGGAGGAUUUCAGUUCGCUCUAUUCCACUGUCAACAAAAAUCCAAAGACUGUAGCAGACGAUAAUACAAAUCCUGCAAAUGAAAACACGAAUGCCCUGUAUUCGGUUGUCAACAAGAAAAGUAAAACGAAAGCAAAUGACUAAACAACACAUCCUGUAGAAGAGAAGAAAGGGAAAUCAAUGAUUUGUAUUCAGUGGUCAAUAAGAAAAGUAAAACUGAAAGAGAUGGUAACACAGAACCAACAGCAUGACAGAAACAAAAUUAGUGGUUAAGAAGAAUAGCAAAUCUGGAGAUGACGUCAUGAAAAACAUAAAACAGACCAAUGAAAAUCCUGGAAACAACGAAGUUCGGUGAGACGUUCCAAUAGCAUACAUAGAUGAAUAAACCGAACAAGAAGAAAACAACUUUAAAAUAGAAAGGUGGCAAUACUUAAAACUGAAUGGCAUUGUGUUUGUUGUACCAGCUACAAUGAAAACUAACAGUCAUGGUUAAAAUACAUCAAUUCAAAGCG